GACGUACACUGCGCGGAAGGAGAUCGCCGUAGAAAGCCUGUUGGAGUGGAUGGACCGCGCUGCAGACCGGGAAGUUUUGCCUGGAUGUCCUCAAUAUGUGUUGGAAAUACAACUGCUAGGUUUUCUUAUAGUUGCAUUGUCUUCAUACAUCUGGAGAUAGCAAGCUUGAGAAGGAAGUGUUGUUGCAGGGUUUCUAUUAGAGAUUCUCUUCCCUGGCAUCCUUAUUUAUGAUGCAGAGUAUAUUUUGAAGGCUCUAGAGCUGUAAAGAUUCCAGUGUGGGAUACAAGACAGAAUGGCCGAAGCUGUCCAUUACAUUCAUUUACAGAACUUCAGCAAGUCUCUUCUGGAGACCCUGAAUGGGCAACGUCUAGGUGGUCAUUUCUGUGAUGUGACAGUGCACAUCCAGGAGGCCACCCUGCGAGCUCACCGGUGUGUGCUGGCUGCUGGCAGCCCCUUUUUCCAUGAUAAACUGUUGUUGGGCUAUUCAGAGAUUGAGGUACCCCCUGUGGUCCCCAGUCAGGUAGUGCGUCAGCUGGUGGAGUUUAUGUAUAGUGGCUCUCUGGUCGUAGCCCAGUCUGAAGCUCUGCAGAUCCUCACUGCUGCUUCCAUCUUGCAAAUCAAGACUGUCAUUGACGAAUGCACCCAGAUCAUCUCUCAGAAUCGCAGCCCGAAACCCCCCACUGUUGCUCCAGCGGUACCCUUAUCUCUUCCCAGAGUUCUGCCCGGCAAGCCCCAGGAGCAACAACCCAAAGAGGUCAUUGGCAGCCUCUCGCGACCAGGUGACCUUGACGCUGCCCAUCUUGAACCCCCAAAGCUGCUUUGUGCCUCAGAGGUGCGUUAUAAAUUGCGAGACUUGCUGUCCUCCCAGCACAGAGAAGCUAGGACAGCUGCCUGCGAGGGGUCCAUAAGUGAAGGAGAUGCAGGAGGUUCCUACCUGCACUCCACUGAAUCUGCCCCCAGUUGCCAUAGUCGCAAGCAGCGCCAGCCAGUGAGGCUUCAGCUGUCUGAGACAAUGCCAGUGAUCAUCAAAGACGAAGAGGAAGGCAGUGGGGAAGGCCCAGAAGGGUCGGAGGCAGAAAGAGAGGCCAAACUGAGCUGCUUUGCUGAAUGCAGUGGGAGUGGCCCCUUUGCUGCUGACUUCAGUGAUCAGGCAAAGGACUCUGGGGUUAGCAGUGGACCCGACCGGAAGGAGAGCCUUCACUUGGAUUAUGCCACCCCAGAAGGUCAGGAUUUCUUUGGAAACCAGGAUGUCUUUUCCGAGUCCUUCAUCCCAUCCUGGCAGGGAGAAGAAAGUGGGGAAGAGGCUACAGUUUCCACCUCUCGAGAUAGAGAUAAAUUCCAUCCUGAUUGCAACGUAGAGGCUUCCAAUCUGAGGAACUUAACAGGAGAAUUCAAGCAAGACCUAAGUGGCUCCACCUCUGGGUUUCCACCCCGAAGCAGCGGUGGUGGGCCUGAGGCCUUGACCUUUGUCUCCUCCCUAGGCAUCCAGCGGGAGCUCAAGGCAGAAGUCACUAAUACCAGCACCGUCACCAGUAAUACCAGCAUCUUCCAGUUCCACCUGCCCCAGCCUGGUGGAGUAGCCCAGACCUUCUACAGCAUUCAGCAGCAGCAGCAGCAGCAACAGCAGGACUCAGGUGCCAGCAAUAUGGUCCAGCUCAGCCCCAACACAAUGGUUACCAGUGCUCUUCAUGGUGGAGAGCAGCAGAGCCAACAGCCAGGAACGUCCCGCUGCUUGGAACCUUCCUAUCAAUGUAGCCACUGCCAGAAAACGUUCAGCUCUCGGAAGAACUACACCAAACAUAUGUUCAUCCACUCUGGUGAGAAGCCCCAUCAGUGCAGCAUUUGCUGGCGUUCCUUCUCACUGCGAGACUAUCUGCUCAAGCACAUGGUGACCCACACUGGCGUGCGUGCCUUCCAGUGCUCCAUCUGCUGCAAGCGCUUCACCCAGAAGAGCUCCCUCAAUGUGCACAUGCGCACCCACCGCCCUGAACGCUUCCAGUGCUGCAUCUGCAACAAAUACUUCUCUCACCGUACUCUGCUGGAGCGUCACAUGACCACUCACACUGCCUGGAAAGGGGGCCCAUCAGAUGCUCCCGGGGCUCUUGUCACAUCCUCCUCGCCAGCUGACUGGAAGGAAAAAGCAAAUGUUGCCACCACGGUUGCUCCUGCUGCCGAGGCAAGCAUCAUUCCUGCUCCUGUGGCCUGGAAAGCAGGGGAGCCGACUGCUGAGAGCACCAUCAGUGGUUGGAAGACAGGAGAUCCGAGCCAGGCAGAAAGUCGUCUGGUAACCUGGAAGGGAGAAGCUACUGGGGAAAACUCAGUUACAGCCUGGAAAGGAGAUCCUACUUCAGAAACCUCCAUGCAGCCUCAUACUGUCUAGGACAUCUGGGUCUUUUUUGCUGCUUGAUCCAACCCUUGAGGCUUAUGGAGAUAGGUGGCAUCAAGGCUUACUUUGAGUCCUUUAAUCUGGAAAAAUAUCUGCUGUGGUAUCUUGCAAACUAGAAAGGCAAAGUCUUCGAGGCUACCACUGUAGAUUCUACAAGGGAUAGUGCCACUACAGGCAGACCAUGCAGUCUGCUGUAGAAGGGCAGAGAUGGAAAGUGUGUCCAAUGGCUCUCUCUAGUCUGCCUGUAGUGCAAUGGUACAGCAUUUGCUUUGCAUGCUAGGAGUCAUAAGUUGAAUCCUUGAUUUUAUCAGUUAAAUGAUGUGUCAGCAGGACUGGGAAUGCCCUAUGACUGGAAUCCAAAACAGGAUGCUCCAGAAAGAGUGAAUCACAUUAAUCUUUUUUAAAAAGUUUUUUUUUUUAUUUUCAAAACAAACACAACACAUAAAAUCUUCUCUUUUUU